GCCCGGAGGAUUCUCUCCCCGACGGGAGAAGCAGCCCAGCAGGAGCGGGGACACUGCCAGCCAUGCCCCGGGGAGCUGGGCACAGGGGCGGCUGAGGAUGGUGCCCAACCUACGUCCUGCCCUCCUCCUCCUCCUGCAGGCAUUUCUCCUCUGGGACAGCCAGGUUGCAGCCUCCAUCCAGGAGCAGUACUGUGAGAGCCUGCCACCUGUCACCAACCACACUGGUCCCCAGUGCAACGCCUCGGUGGACCUGAUCGGCACAUGCUGGCCGCGGAGCGCGGUGGGACAGCUGGUGGCUCGGCCCUGCCCCGAGUACUUCUAUGGCGUGCGCUACAACACCACCAAUAAUGGGUACAGGGAGUGCCUCGCAAAUGGGAGCUGGGCAGCACGUGUCAACUACUCCCAGUGCCAGGAGAUCCUCAGUGAAGAGAAGAAGAGCAAGCUGCACUACCACAUUGCUGUCAUCAUCAACUACCUGGGCCACUGUGUUUCGCUGGGGGCCCUCCUCGUGGCAUUUGUCCUCUUCAUGCGCCUGCGGAGCAUACGGUGCCUGAGAAACAUCAUCCACUGGAACCUGAUCACAGCCUUCAUCCUACGCAAUGCCACAUGGUUCGUGGUGCAGCUCACCAUGAACCCAGAGGUGCACGAAAGCAAUGUGGUUUGGUGCCGCUUGGUCACUGCUGCCUACAAUUACUUCCAUGUCACCAACUUUUUCUGGAUGUUCGGCGAGGGUUGCUACCUGCACACGGCCAUCGUGCUCACCUACUCCACGGACAAGCUCCGCAAGUGGAUGUUCAUCUGCAUCGGCUGGUGUAUCCCCUUUCCCAUCAUCAUUGCCUGGGCCAUUGGGAAGCUCUACUACGACAACGAGAAGUGCUGGUUUGGGAAGCGAGCAGGUGUUUAUACUGACUACAUUUACCAAGGCCCCAUGAUCCUGGUGCUUCUGAUCAACUUCAUCUUUCUAUUCAACAUUGUUCGGAUCCUCAUGACGAAGCUCCGAGCUUCAACCACAUCAGAGACAAUCCAGUACAGGAAAGCAGUCAAGGCCACACUGGUGCUGCUGCCCUUGCUGGGGAUCACCUACAUGCUGUUCUUUGUCAACCCAGGGGAGGAUGAGAUCUCCAGGAUAGUCUUCAUCUACUUCAACUCCCUUCUGGAAUCUUUCCAGGGCUUCUUCGUCUCUGUCUUCUACUGCUUCCUGAACAGCGAGGUGCGAUCAGCUGUACGGAAGCGGUGGCACCGGUGGCAGGACAAGCAUUCCAUCCGUGCCCGCGUAGCGAGGGCCAUGUCCAUCCCCACCUCCCCAACCCGUGUCAGCUUCCACAGCAUCAAGCAAUCCACGGCUGUCUGAGCUGGGAGCGAGAGGUUGCACUGGGAGCCAAUGUCCCCACUGUGGGGACCAGCAUAGGACCUGCCUGUGGUCCCAGCCCCACAAGGAGACCGUGAACUCAUUCGGUCACGGGACACCUGCACAGCUUCUGCCCUAUAUGCUGGGAAGGCCUAGAGGACAGGACAGCUGAGAUGCUGCUUUGUCAUUUCCCUGGCAGCUGUGUGACCUGCUGGCAUGGUAGAAAGAGCCAUGAAAAGCCAGAAGGAUCUGGAGAUGUUGCAGUAGCUUUCUGCCAGCUCCAUCCUAGGCACGAUGUCUCAUGUCACUGCCUUUAUCGGGUUUGUCUGCUUUCAGGUGACAGGACACCAGGACAUUGCUGGGACAGAUUAUGGGGCUAGUUCCCUGGGAAGCUGGGUCAGCCUUCCAGUGAGCACAUGAUGGAAUGCUGCUGGUGGGGAGGGAACUCUCUAGAAGAGCCAAAGUCCUGUGUGUUGGAAGCGGAUGGAUGGGAAGCCCUGGAGUGAUUGUAGAAAUUGCUUUAUGUGGCUGGAUUUUUGUAGCACUGGGGUUGAGUCCUUCCCCUGUCUCUUGCUGGGUCUCCAGAUGUCCUGUAACUGCUGCUUGGUCUGACCAGGUCAUUUCUCAUCUUGACACCUAAGGUGGGAUAAAGCGAUGGGAUGGGAGAGGGGAGGGAAUUCCCCUCCCACAGGGAUGGGUCCCAGGGGCUCUGAACAGACACACAGAGUGGGCUUGAUCUAGAGGGAAACACAGGAAUCAGUUUAAUCCUCUGGUCCAUCCCAGAUGGAUCCACAGGUCUCUGCAAAGACCUGGACCUCAGGGUGACUCCAUGUCUGUGCUCAGAGGGUGGAAAGGUGAGGGAGCCCUGCAGUGGAGCAGUGGCUGAGGUCCCCAAAGGCAGCUAGCACAGGGAAAGACCCUGGUUGUGCCCCCUCCUCCUUGCCCUGCUUUUACCUGGGCAGGUGGGCCCAGUGCCAAAGCUGCUUCUUGCUCUUGUGCAGGGGAUGGGACCAAACCAUCCCCACACUAGGGUUAAGUGCCUUGGAGGAGCAGCAGCCUCCUUCCCUCCCUUCCUAUCUCUCUCCCCAUUCUGGGGACUCCAGAUUGUCCCCAGUUCCCCCUCUCCCAUUGCCCUCUUCCAUGUGGUUACCAAAAGCAGCUGAGCAGAGAGGUCCUUGCAAGUGGAGGGAUUUGCCUUCACCUCUUUGGAGCCACCCUUUCCUUGUCCCAUACAAGGUCUGGGGAUGCCCAGGCAGGGGACAGAUUACAGCACGUUUAUGGGCUGUCUGCCCUCUGUAUCACAGGGAUUUUGCCACUGGGGCCUUACAGGAUCUGGUGUGAGCCCCUUCACACUUCUGUGCCUCAGUUCUCCCUCUAUAAAGAACAGGCAUAAAGGUUUCCUGCCCUGGGGACAUAUAAGCAUCAUUGAAAUUGCAGUAUUCUGUGAUUUCCGCAGAAUAUAACACCAGAAAGGAAUAAAAUCUUGCUUUUUUUUUUUUUUUUUUUUCUUUAAAGGGAAGCAUAUGGAAAAACCUCUGGGUUCUUCAAACAUUUGCGAGAUUCAGUAGUUUGGAGCAAAUUCCUCCCACUUCCCUCCCAUUUUGAUUUUCUACCUGCAUGUCUACAGUGCAGCGAAACUAGAAAUAUCCCAUUGACCCCAAUAGCCUGUUGGGAACAGCAACAGUCCCCAGUAUGACACAGUGACCACAACAAGGACCAUAACCUGCACAUGGGGCACGUUUCUGUCCUUGGUCAAGUUCAGCCACUGCCAGUGGUCCCAAAAACUGCCCCUUCUUCAAAAUACGGGUGUGAAAACGACCCCUGGAGUUAUGCAAUGGGAGAAGUGGCAAUUCCCAGCUCUAUGGACACUUUCUGCUGGUGCCCUACAAGGAGUAGACUUGUGUCUUCUGUGUCUUGGUUUCUCUGUUGGGUACUUUGGCAGGAGCUAAUAAAGAUCUGCUGGCAAUGGAGAAGGGAAAAUGCCCCAGAGAUACUUUUUUUCAUCAUCCCUGCGAAUGAUGUUGCCAAAAAAUGAUGUGCUACAUGAUAAAUUUGGAUAUUUCUAAAGUAGGGUAUUUUGGUGGAAAGAAGCUGGAAAUUGAAAAACCAAAGAAAGAAACCCAAACAGAAGCAUCUGUGUUCACAUCUCUGUUUUUCCCUUCUCCUCCUGGUGGUCUGCUCCAACUGAUGUGACUUUGCUUUCCAUAGCUGGAGUGUGUAUUCUCAGUCUUGUUUGAUUAAAAAUACUUCGAUUCCUCUUACAAAGACUUCUGGGGCAUGUUUAUCUUUUGGAAAAGACAACCCUGGCAUGUCCCAUCCCCAGUUUCCAUUGGAGUAUCCUCACAUUGCACUGGGCUCAGCAUCCCACUGGUCCACACUUUUUUGUCUCCUUUUACCCCAAAUCCAUGUGCCCAGAGCAUGGAAGUGGCUCCCCACAAGGUAUUCACACCAUCUCAUCCAAGAGAAUCCCACACAGGUUUUCCAGACAAAUAUCAUCAAAGCUGGAAAAUGUCCUCCAGGUUUUCUCCCUUGCCAGGUGAGCUAAUACAGAAUAAAAAUGUAAUGUGUUUCACAGCAGGAGGGAGGGUCCUUUCACCUUCGUUUCAUAUAUCAAUGUUUAUAAAUGAAAUUCAGACACAAGCAGAUUUCUGGUCAAGCUCUUCUGAUGCAAAAUUAAUUUGUUCAUCAUACAGAACCUUGGAGAGCACUGUAAUUUAGUAAGCACCAUGCACAUAAAUAAUAAUUACAGGUUCCUGCUGAUUACAUGAUUGUAUUUAAAGUUAUCAAGUAACUCUGAGAUUGAUGACUGUGUUUCUGACAAGGCUGAAGCCUUUUUGGAUCUGUGUUAACCCUUUAUGUUAUCCUGGUACCUUUCAGGGCUGGGAAAAGCAAAACAGGACUCCAAAGAUGGGAUCCACAGUGGGAUAUCCAUGCUAUGGGAUACCCAAGCUUGUUGUGUUCCAGGGCUGCAGGAUCAUGUCCAGGGAGGCUACAGUUACUGGUGAUUGGCAUGAGAAUUCAACAAGAUGGGUCUCUGCUUGGUUAAGCUCAGAAAACCACUUAUUCAACUUAAAUCAGAGACAGAGACAGCCCAGAACAGAGGCAGGGUGGUGGGUGUUAUGGGAUGUUAUGUCAGGGUGGAGUUUAAGGUCAGGAUCUAAGAGGGACACAGCAAGGGAGAAACCCCAGGGGCUCAAACCCAAUCAGAACACCCUGGGCUGCCACCCCACGAGGGGUCUGGCAUGGGGCAACUCUUCCUUGAGGUAGAGGAAUGGAAUUUACUCUUCCUGGGCUUUAAAGCCACUGCUUCUCACUUUAACAAUGCUUAUCUGAAACUCAAUCUUUGCCUCCCUGGGCAGAGGCACCUCACACAAGCUAUGGGAUAUGCCAGUGGAAUGACACACAGAAGCUUCUCCAUCACACUGAGAUGGAUUUUUAUUUAGGUUCUUUAUUUGGUUGAUACAUUAAACCCACUACGGAGGUUUUUACCAGGCCUGGAGUCCCACCCUCAGCCCCACCAUCUGGGAUCAAAGUUUGGGUGCCCUGAGAUACAUCCCCAGCAAACCAAGGGCCAGCAAUGGAGAAAACCUGUCCUCCAGAGUCUGAAUGGAGGCAGAGGGAAGCUCAUGAUCCUGAUUUGCUGUGGCAGUUCUGUGCCUUCAUUCCACCUUCCAGGCAGGCUGCCCUGUACAAAUAUCCCCACUGCCAGUGCCAGGACCUCCCAGUUCUAUGGCACGUCAGUUGGAGGGUUUGUGGCUGGUACUAAAAGCAAAGUGGGGCUGUCAUUCCCCUUACUCAGACAACACAUAUCUGUCUGGUGGUCCACAGCUUUGGGCCAUUCCUGGAUGUUGAACCCUGCUGUACCUUCCCAGGCAGAUAAGGACUCUAGAGAGGAUGUGAAGUCAGGAGGGAGAGGAAAUCUUGUGGCAGUUUUACAGCCCAGUAGGUUCCGUUGUGGCUUUCAGCACUGUCAGCCUCAAGAUGCUUCUCAUCUGUGAUGUGUUGUCCUUCAAACACUAAUAAACUCCCAAAUAAAUAUUUCAUCCUUUAAUUCCAA